UUCUUUAUCCCCGUCUUCUUCCUUCUUUUAUUGAGGGGUUGGCGGCCCCAACAUUCUCACUGCAACUCUAAUCCGUGGAGCGUCACAUGGUAAGAACACCGGGCCUCUGCUCACACUCAAAUGCAUAACAACAAACAUCCAACACUGUACUUCUCUUGGUUUUAGCUUCUUCCUUUAACUCUUAAUCCAAAUAUUUGAGCCCUAGAGCCAGUAAAACAAAAAUGGUUUUCUUGUUAUGAUUUAUUGAUGUGGACUGUGUUUGGAGGGGCAGGGGCUGUUCUUGGUAGGGGGAUUAUUUUUGUUUUGGUGCGGCGCUUCUUUGUUUUUAUUCUUUUAGUCCAGUUUGCUGCUGCGAACAAGUGACACUUACUGCCAAAAUGCAUGUCGUUUGAGAGUUGAUCGACUUUUUUUUUUGUGCAAAUCAAGAUUGUAAAAGAAAAUCUUAAUAUGUAAAGAAGUUGAAACCAAAAUUAAUUCCACCUGAAGAGGGGUGUAUAUAAAAGACAGUAUAGAUGAACUAGAAUCUAAGUACACCCACUUAACUCCACUUCAGCGUACUGAAGCAGCUCUGCUUUUCUCUUCAGAAAGAUGCUGUUCACAGUUGUUUCUCAGUGAUUUCUGGAUGGUACAUUUUCAGAAUAUAAAGACACACUUUGCCUUUUUUGGUCAGUCAAAUUGCCUGUUUAAGUUGCCUUACGCUGCUGCUGUGUUUCCUAACAGUGACUUCAGAUUUUUUUUAAAAAAAGAGUUGUUUUCUGCGAUUUUGAACAUAACAGCAAUCCAGGCCCAGUUGGACAUGAGAUAAUCUGAGCCACAGGGUCAAUUUGACCUAAACAGUUUAUUAUGACUGUUUCAAAAAAAAAAAUAAAAAAUCAGCCAAUGGGUUGAGAAAACUUUUUUUCUAUUUUUCUGUAAAAAAGACUUUCUAAAAACAUGAACAAUGACUUAAUAUCAGAAAAGGGAUUUGCCGUUUUUGGUCACCCCGAUGCCAGAAUUUUCAGUCAUUACAAGCAAUCUGGGUCUUGUCCUUGGCUUGUAGGAUAUUGAAACAUGAUGUUUACUUGCAUCUGUCAAGUGAAUGUUGACUCUGUUAAAACUAACAAACUUUAAUCAGAAACUAGAUAAAAUAAAUAAAUAAAUCAUAAAACUUGAAAAGCCAACCAAAUCUGGUCCCACUUUGGCUUUUGUUAUAAGAUGCACAUUGAUCUCUUUAACAGAUGAUGUACAAUCUUAGUGCUAAUAGCAUCUUUAUGUGUUAUGUGUUUCAGCCGCUCAGGCCAGAGUAAAUUAUCUUCUUUAUAUUACACUUAUGACUGUAAAAAAUCAGAUAUGUACUUUAUUAUACCAUUACAAAUAGAAAUUUUCACUUCUAUAUGGCAUGCAGACAGACAAUACUGUCUUGAAUAGCUGGAUUUUUUUUAUGGGUAUUUACUAGCUAUUGCUAAAUUACUUGCCAUCUAUUUCAACUGUGUAUUUGUAAUAAUGAUGUUUCCAGUGUGGACUUUUUACAGACAGACAGUUGAGGCUUAUACAAGAGAUUGUUACUGAAUGCACAUCCUUUAGCCCAUUAUCCUGAGAGCUUCUGCAGGUAUAGUUUAGAAGGAAAGAUAAUAAAGCCUUUUUCUUUCUGCAAAUUGUAGUUAUGUUAAGAUUUCUACUGCAGAAAAAGUCAUUUUCAAUUUGCAGUGGAUUCGGAACAACGAGACAAUUUGUUCUCCAUGGUACGGAGAAAUGAAAGGAGAAUAUUAGAAAGUCAUAAUGUAAUAACAGCACAGUGCUCUUGAGCUCAAUGUACCUCUGAUUUAAUUUUACAAAUUAUUGCAACACAAACAUAAUUAUAUCAUUAAUGGACUUAAUUAUACCACCACUUAAACUGUUUUGUUGUUCUCAGUAUAACAUUAUUAUAGUAGUGGGAGAAUACAAUGAUCCAGGGGCACAACAGUGCACAGGACAGGAAUGAUUUGCGCUCAUUAAAACAGACUUUAGAGAGCAGACUGCCAACAGUGGUAAUUAACAACUAAAUCUGCAGUUAAAUGUCCGUAAGACUAAGAGACAAAUAAUUAUCUAAACAUUGUGAUCCAUUUAUGACUUAUUUAUUUUACAUUUUCAACAGAAGAGUUUGAAAGGCAAAUGCAAUAAGUUAAUAUGAUUGUGUCUGUGUAUACAGAAUCAUACUGCAGCAUAGGAUGGUUACUUUCAGAUAAAACUGUCUAAACUGAUGAUACCGUUGAAUUCUUUGUAUUUGUUCUCUACUGAUUUUGACUCUACUGCAAAUUGUUCACGGUUUUCUCCAGAGUCUGCUGUGUUUACGACCUAGUCUCCUCUGGAAGUCCUAAAUCGCACAUUUGAGAGUGAAAGUGAUGAUAAAAUGUUGUAGCUGGAACUCUCUCCUCCUCCUCCUCCGCCAUCUCCUGCCCUCCCUGCUUGUUGUUUGACAGCUACGUGUCCGGUGCGGACCCGUCUUGGGGGAGUGUUUCUGACGCUUGACUGAUUUUCAAUAAGUCGCUGUCAGGGACUCGCACCCCUGCUUUGUGUCCAUUGUCCACUUUUUUAACAUCUAACACUAGGGUUGUGCCACUCAUUGACAUUGUGGUCUUCUGUUAGUGAUGAAGAAGACUUAGGACUUCCCACGUUACUGAGGGCAUAGUAAUACUGAACCACUACAGAUACAACAGAAUUUUAAGACUAAAUAGUGUGUGAGUACACACAAAGUUGUGAAAGACUAAACAGCUCUGAGAGCUUGCCAAGACACAAGAGUUUGACAAAACACUGAGGAGUUUUGUAGCAGAAAAUGCCGGAGUACUGACCUCUACGUGAGGCUGAAAAUCAAUUAGUUUUGGACUCAGCUGCUUUUCAGACAUGUUUACAGCACUGCUCUAAAGAUGAAAAUGUUGGCUCACUUGUCAGGCCAGCACUUUGUACAGGCAUUGCUUUUGAAAAAGCUGGGACUAAUGAGCGUCAAGGUCCUUUUCCGCAAGCAUCACCGUAUCAAUGCUGCCGCAACUUUGAAAGUUCUUAUGUCAGUCUCAUUUAUGCUAAUUAAAGUCCUCUCUGUAUUCAAGUCAGCCAAUAUUAAGAGGUUAUAUGGGUCUGUCACAGUAUGUCGUCAGUGUACAUAAUUUUGUAACCCACCUCUGAUAGAUUGACUUGUUAGGUUCAGUCAUCAUUACCGAUAUGAUAACUGCUGCUGAAAGGCUUCAAACUCAGCUUCCGAAACAACUAAGAGUCAUCACCCACACUACGUCCAAUUAUUAUACAGUCUGUGGUUGACAAAUUCAGGCUUUUGCAGCGAUCCUAUUGAAAUAAGAGCAGCACAGAAUGUUCUGUAAUGACAAACGAGAUCACUGACAUUUUAUCUAUAAGUCAGACAUAUGCUUUAAUCUGUGCUAGAGGUGUGAAGUCAGUCCACCAGCCACCUUUGAGAUUGAUCAGUGCCCAUUGUGGCUUCACAUCUGAAUGUGGGAAGAGAUGGAUGCCCCCUGUUCAUAAAAAAACAUAAUAAUAGCUAGAUAGAUAGAUGGAUAGCUUUAUUUCCAGACUCAGGGUCCAUAUAAAAAAAAAAAACAAGACACAGUACAAAAAGAACACAGAAUUAGAAAAAAACAAAAAACAAAACACUCUAAUAGCUCAUCUUCAAAACACAGUUGUACCAGUGCCUCCAAAAAUGAGCCCAAUGUUCACCAUUUGCAACACAAUUUAAUUUGUUGAGUCAUUUAACUGAACCUGUACAUCACAUUUCUCAGAACCGCUUGCAGUGUAUUUACACCAGUACUCACAAAUAACUCACUCGCACUCACCCAUCUGGGCCUUUUUAAGAGUAUCCUCAGGGCAUCAUUGUAAGCAAUUUGCAGUUUCUGAAGGCUGCCUCUUUUAUAGUUCAGCCACAGGUGUGCGGUGUACAAAGGAACAAUACAUUUUGCAACAACCAAAUUUACAUGACAAUCUAUUUGCUCGAACAUACAACAUACGACACUGGUGAUAAAUGUCUUCAUCAUCUGUCAGCUGGUCUGUGAUGAUGUGACCAAGAUAUUUCACUUCACUGCUCUGGUCUGCCUCCUGUGCCAACUUAGUGAUCGCAUCUCAUCCCCUGUUAGAUCUAUUUUAUUACUUCUGAUAUGGACACAAGAGGGGGGAGGACUUGAUGCCACCGUGAUACAUAAGAUUUCAUGGAAUGUAAACACUACACUGUAAACUGGAUACAUAAAAGGGGCGUAAACUUAUAGUCCUCUCAGCACUGUCUGCAUUCUCUUUACCGCUGGUUAAAAUUGUACAAUGGUUUUUAGUGUUUAUGUGAUUCAAUUACUUGUUGAGGAUUCUGAUUGGCCAUUACUCUAUAGCUAAGGUCUGCUAUUCCUCAACAGUAGUCAGUUGCUAUGGAGACAGCACUAAUUGCAGCAUACUUGAAUAAAUAAUCUUGAAUAAUCUUAAAUUAAAACAUAUUUAAAUGCAAUGAACUGUAUCAAUGAUAAUGCACCUGAAAAUUAAAUGUAACAGAUAUUAAAUCUAACCAAUUCUGUUCAUGAUUUAGCUUCAGCAGACAGUUAUUGAGCCAUAAAAGUAAACCUGUUAACUUGCAUCCCUUUUCAUGUGUUCAAAUGUCCCUUUUCCAGCCACCAUGAGUGUCCUGCCUGUCAGUUUCCUCUUCCUCCUCCUUCUCUGCAUCCCUGUACUCACCGAGUCAAAGAAACAGCUCAGUCAGGGUAGACCCGACAAGCCCCGCCAGCCUCCAACCACCCCCCAGCCGGCUAAAAGACCCAGAAACCGCUCAGUGCCCGGCUCUGGAGAGCUGACGACCAAGGAUGGCCAUCGCUGCGUUUGGCAGACGUCUGGUGAAGGUCUGGUGAGCCUUCUGGUGAACUGCAGCACUGAAACACUGGGAGAACAGCAGAGGUGAGGGGACCAUUAACAGAAGUAUUUUACCUGAUAAUUUGAAAUUCACAUGGGGUUACAUCUACGAGGACUGUGAGACCUUGGAAUUAAUUUGAAUUUGACAUUUGAAUAAUUUAGGGGCUAACUUUAGUGAAUAAAAAAAGGUCAUUUCAUAAAGUGGACCUUCAUACUCAAUUAUUAUCUGUGUGGUUUCAUUUUGGACUAUUGAGGAAGCUGUCUUAUAAAUUUUUAUGAUUUAGAAGGGACAGACAGCCUGUUCUGACCUUUUUUGCAAGUAUGAGGAUAAAAUCACAUUUUAUGGACAUAAUGAUUCAAAUCACAACUUUUCCAGUACAACAUAUUUAUUGUUACAAAAGAAUAUUUCAUUUUCCAAUCUAUUUAUGAGGGUUCACACAGUGUUUGCACCCUACAUAAUAUAUAUUCAUGACUAUCUUACAAGCUUCUCUGUCAUCGUGUCAUACAGUAACCUAGAUUUUAGAUCAAAUUUAAACCAGAGAGUAGCAUUUACUCUUGUACAUGGACAUUUUUACAGUUCUCUUGAAGUAAGUAUUUAAAACUUUAAUAUGCAAUAUAUUUAUAUAUGAGAGCAACACUUAGAUAGCAAACUCACAAUUAUAACUUGAAACAGCUGGAUUCAAAUAAGAAUUGUAAGAGAUAUAUAACGUGCUUAAUUUCUGCCCACUGUGAGAUAUGAAGCCAAAAACUGACCCAGAAGAUGCAAAUGUGUUGAAUUCUUGAUUCUGAUUGGCCAAUACACUAUAGAUAAGGUCUGCUAUUUCUCAAUAGUAGUCCGUUGCUAUAGAGACGGCACUAAUUGCAGACUAUUUUUUUCUUGUUUCCGUCCCCUUCUCUAGGUAUUGGUGUCGUUAUGCAGGUAAACCAGACCUUUGCCAGGCCUAUGGGGUGAAGUCCAGCCAGUACUGGAAGCAGCUGGUAGGGAAGCUGAAGAAGAGGCAGAAUGCCUGUGAGGGAGAGAAAGUCCUGAAGGCCAAAACCUGCAAGAAGGCUCCUGCUGAGGCCCACAUGAAGCUUGCCACACGCAGUGGAGGGGAAGAGGAUAAGAAAGGAGCAAAGGAAGGAGGGAAAAAGAAAGGGAAUCCAGCAACCAAGAGCCCAGACGGAGGAAAGGUGGAGAGGAAGAAGAAGAAGGAGGAUGAGGAAGAGGAGAAGAAGAAGAGGGAGGAAAGGACUGAUUAUGAGGAGGAAGGUGUGGUGAAUGAUAUGGAGCCGGUGCAGACUUACUGCAGCGAGGGAUGGCACUCCGUCUGCUCGUUCUUUGUCAAGUUUUUUGAGGGUUAAUGGAAAAUAAAAGAAGUAAACGUCAAUCAAUCCUACUUUUUGAUACACGAUAAUAUGAGUUCACAAUCUGAGAAAAUGAUCUUGUGUUGAUCAGAAAAUAACAGGAGAGCUCUUUUUCUUAUUAAAAAAAUGUUUAUCUUUGAUUUUAAGCUGCAUAAUUUUGAGACUGUUUACACUUUUAAAUAUAAUUAUGAAUAUUUGAAGUCAGGUCGAUUUUGCCCAACUUUCAUGAUGCAAAACUCAUUCUUUAUGAGGUUUCAUUAUGUAAUGAACUUAAACACAAAUGGAGUUCCUAUGGCAUCAUAUUUACAAAAGUAUAGAGAGAAUAAAAACCUUGUUAAACUAAAUAAUAUUCAAGGUCAAAUCAAAUCUUUUUUUAAUUUUAUUUUCAAAUUAAAAAAGCCACAAUUUAUUGUAAUCAUUCCAAACACAUUCAACUUCUGCUGAGAUAAAAACAAGGCAGACAAAGCAGAUGUAACAUAAAGCAGUCUGAGUUUUAAUCUAAGAAUUAUGGUAUUAAUGAACAAAAUUAACCUUCGGAUGUGUCUUUCGAAGUUUGCUGUAGUUUUUCAUAGAGUUUUUGUAAAUGUUACUUCAAAUGAAACCUUUUUUUUUUUUUAUUAAACCUUGUAAUGUUGGAACUAACAAGCUUAAAUUGUUCUUAGUUGAACUACAACCAUAACUGGUGAUAAUGAUAGUGAUUAUUGCACUUACGUUUUUGAUGUGUAUGUAGUAUUUUUUUGUACAACACUGUGUUACUGUGUCUGAAAACAAUCCUUUCACUGCAUAAUGUGAUGAAUUUCUAAUCUUUUGUCUGAAAAAUAUUCUUGAAUAAAAGUGAAGCUCUCAAAAAUAAAG